AUGAGUGGGAACUUCGGUAGCCCCGCGCAUUCCGAAUACCCGAACCCGGAAAAUGAAUCGGCAUUCAAUUAUGACUGGGCCGUACCUGCUCAACCACAACCUUCUCCCUUCGAAUUCACAGUCAAUGCUCAAGCUAUCCCUGUUCCUGGUGACCCCUUGGCGACCAGCAUAGGCAGCGUGAAUGCCAAGGUUCCCAUUCCCCGCAGCGCACAAGCCAGUAGCUGGAUUAGCAGCGGUCGAGUUAGUCGAGCUUGUGAAAACUGCCGUGAUCAGAAAAUCAAAUGUAGCGGUCAUCGCCCGGCCUGUCAUCGGUGCCAGGAUGCCGGGGUCAGCUGCUCAUAUGGCGACCGGAAGAAGGAGAAGAUGUUGAAGCAACUGCAGGAACUCACUGCCCGAGUUGAAACCCUUGAUGCUUUGCUGCGCAAUCUCUAUCCCAGGCUCGAUGCCUCAUCAGCCCAACAAGUGGACCAAACACUGAGCGAGCUGGGCCCAAACACUGAGCUCGGUAAAGGCAACACCCCUGCUUUACUUACCACCCCAUCAACCAAUAUACCUUACUUAAGGAUUCUCUCUUCUCGUGCAAAUCCUAGCCCGGGGGCACUCUUUCCCGGGAUUGGAGAUUGCUCCGAGGAGGAUUUCGAUGGCGAUAAGAAAGUGCAGGCGAUGGGAUUUGUGGGCGAACACUCGGAGAUGUCAUGGCUGUAUAGGCUCAAACGCGGUCUUGAUGAUGACAGUUCAAAAGCAACCAAACAGACACCUAUGCGACCUUCAAUGUCUUCCGUGAACUACUUCCAGGACGAUUCGGAUAUUUUAGCUCUGGGCGAUAUCGAUAUUGACCUCACAUGCCGACCUCCACAACACAUCGCCAACAGACUUGUGGAUGCUUACUUUCAAUUCGUUAAUCCUACGUUUCCGAUAAUUGGGAAGGCCAUUUUUCUGAAUCAGUACCGGUCCUUUUAUGCGAAUCCGAACGUGCGGCCUGGCAAGCGAUGGAUUGCAGUGCUAAAUCUGGUGUUUGCCAUUGCGACGAGACACUCACUUUUGAUUGAUCAGCCCCAGCCAGACUGCGAUGAUCAUCGGACCUACUUUGCGCGGGCAUGCAAGCUCAGUGUUGAAACUUCCCUGCUAGGUCAACCGGACUUGCAACAGGCCCAGGUGGAGGGCUUAGCUGGUUUUUAUCUUUUGUCGGUUGGACAAGUCAACAAAUCAUGGAGAAUUGUUGGAACUGCGAUACGGUCAGCGGUGACCAUGGGUCUACAUAUUCGAAGCGAGAGCGACAGCAUCACACACCUUGCGAAGGAGCUUCGGUAUAGGAUUUGGUGGGCGCUGUUCAUGCUGGACAUUGUGUUGUGUGAGAUGACAGGUCGCCCACCUAGCACAGAGGACAUUUUCUGCACCACGCCCCUUCCCGUGCCCUUCCCGGAAGAAGACUUUUGGGAUGAGCGUGUCGUGCAACUUAUUAGCGAUCAAGAGACUCGAAGUGCUUUGUUCACAUCUUUGCUUUUUGACAUCCCAGCUUCGCCAAAAGAGAACCCGACUCUCAAAAGCUCCGCAAGAGAUGAACCAGGCAAGGGCAAAGAAGAAGACACGCGUAAUCAGACAAGGACUGCUAUUCCGACGCCUAACACGUCCUUGUACUUUUUGUACGUACUGGAUCUAGCCUGUCUCUUACGGGAGGCCAUUAAUAUCAUAUAUGCCCCGGGAUCAACACGGCAAUCAUGGCACGAGGUCGAAGCCGCCAUUUCCACAUUAAACAAUCAUGCUGACAACUGGUUGUCUCGCCUCCCCCCGAGCUUCCAUUUCACAACGCUCGGCACAACUCAGCCAUUUUUACAGCAACGUGCCAACCUGGCCUUCCGGUUUUACUCCACAAAGCUGAUAAUCCUACAGCCCUGUGUGCGUCGUCUCUUCCAACUGCGACAAGAAGUAUCAUCCCCAGGGACGGUGUGCGACCAAAUGGCAGCCAUUUGCGUUCACGUGGCAGGUCAAAUGCUCAACUUACUGCCCGGAGAGACAGACUUUACAUGGCUGUACGGUGUGGCUCCGUGGUGGUGCAUCGUGCACAACAUCAUGCAGUCUAUUACCAUUCUCCUCACUGAACUGUCCACACGCGCUCAUCCGAGCACCACCCCGGUCGCUGAUAUCACAUAUCAAAUCAGUAAAGGAAUUCGCUGGUUGAAAGAUAUUUCUUCCAAAGACCCUUGCUCCCAGCGAGCCUGGCAUGUGUGCAUGGGAAUCAUCUCACGGCACGGCUCGAAGUUCGAGUUCUACGACCCCGUACUCUAG